AUAUAUAUUAUACUAUAUUCAUAUACUUAUAUACAUAUAUAUAUAAGCUGAUGAAGGGAGGAGAACUUGUGGUUCAGAGGUUAAUACAACUGCCUAACAUGCAGGCAGCCCAAGUUCGAAUCCAAGUAAGGGUAUGGCUAGUUGAUGAGCGCUAAAUAGCUUGCAAUAGAUCUAUGCUAGUCUCCCUUUAUUUCUUUAUCAACGAAAUAUAAAUUUGAUACAUAUAUACUUAUAAUUUAUACCUAUAUUGUCAUAAUAUUACUAUAGAAUAAUAUAAUAAUGAGGUGUGGAAGAGUUAUACUAGGGGAAGUGGGGAAACCCAGAAGGGAAGUAUUAAUUAUUGUAUGUUAUUUUGGAAAAAUACUCUUCGAUUUUUGAAGAUGACAAGUACUUCAACUAUCAUAAAAAUAGGAAAGAAAGCAUCAUCAACUCCAACAUCUGCAACAUCAUCCCCAUUGAGUCAGCGGUCAAUAGAAAGCAUGUUAGGCGUGGAGAAAUCAAGUUCCAGGCAGAACAUGCAGGCAAUGUUGCUUACGAUACAAGAAAUUAUGACAAAAACCCAGGAAUCUAUAUCGAGAAACCAUGAGGAGAUUAAAAGUGAGAUGGGAGAAAUGAAAAGAGACCGAAAGACAUCCGAAAGAUGAAUGACAAAAUAGAGAACAUCCAACAAACAAUGACCAAGAAAGAACAAAGAAUACAAAAUGUAGAAAUAAGAGCUGAACAAACAGAAAAGAAAAUGGAAGCAAUGGAACAAAAGCUAACUCUGGCCAAUAGGAACUUAGAAGAGACAAUAGUCUUUCUAGAAAUGGAAAAGGCAGCUUUCUUUCUGAGGUUCCGGAAUAUAGUAGAGGAUAAAGAGGAAGACCUGGUUAAGGUUAUGACAGAUCUGCUGGCGACUAUACUACAGAAAAACAAGCAUGACAUACAAGGAGACAUUGACGAGGUUUUUAGAAUCCAAACUAACUACACAAGAAGACACAAAUUACCAAGAGAAGUGUACAUGAGGUUCACUAAAAAGACAAUAAGAGACGAAGUAUAUAAAAGAACGAGGGAUGAAGCCAUGAUGUACAAAGGGAGAGAAAUCCAAAUUUUAAAACAGAUACCUAGGAGAGUCAGAGAACAGAGGAGACAAUAUCAAUUCUUGUCCACACAGUUGAUCAAAUACAACGUGACGUUUAGAUGGUUGAUUCCGGAAGGAAUGCUGAUCUCAUGGCAGGAAAAGAAAUUUAGGAUCAAUACACUUGACAAAGGACACGAAUUCUUUGAACAUUAUUUCACAACAGAUGAAGACCCGGAGAGUAGGGAGGAAGUAGGAAGAAGUGCCAAGAAGAACAUUACCCAGAAGAAAAAGAUGUAGAGCGAGAGGAAAGUUCAUGUUAAUUCUUAAUAUGGUUUGGUUUAGGAUUAUUCUCUUAUGUGAAUCAGAACUAGAUUAGUGUCUUAUGUGAACAAGGCUAUUUUAGUAUCCUUGUUGUAUAGCAACCUGCCUGCACGUGCUCCUUGAUUCCAUAAACGAAUUGGUGAUGGAGUUUUGUAGGCUUAUGGUUCUCGAGGACUUCAAUCUGACUUCCAUGGAAGUGAGGUACAUCAUUCUAAUUUCUAUCUAAAGAUAAAUCUAUGACUGCAAACAAGCAAUCACCUACUCCCACACAGAAGGCAUUUGGAAAGUAAAGUAUGCUUUUUUAAAACAAACAAUCAGCUUAUUACAGAAAGUCUAUUUUAAUGAUGACUGAAGUAUUGGAGAGUUUACUUAUGUAGCUUUCUGCAUUACAUUUCAACUUUGAUUUUUUUUUUGAGGGGGGGUGACAUAAAACCCUUGUUGGAAUUUCUGCUUCUGUAUAUUUUGGAUCUUCUCAGACCAGGAGCCUACUGUCAGAAUUGUAAAUCUAUUCAUGUGUGUUUUCCUUAAGUGAGGGAAAUGACACAUGAUCCAUCGAAUGCUCUUUAAUCUCAUUUAAGAACCCAACACUGCUGAUCAAAGCAUGUUUAUUCAGGAAGAAGGAUUACAGUUUGCCAACUGUCAUUUCAUUUUAUGAUGUGUUUGUAAUUUACUUGUUCUUUGUUCCUUAAUAUAAGGUACUUCAACACUCUUA